AUGGGCAGCCACAGGGAAGAAAUAAACGUCGACGUCCUUGUCAUCGGCGCUGGUCCAACCGGUCUGGGAGCUGCAAAGCGUCUCAAUCAGAUUGAUGGCCCCUCAUGGCUGAUUGUUGACUCGAAUGAGACACCAGGCGGCCUAGCCUCGACAGACGUCACGCCUGAGGGCUUCCUCUACGAUGUCGGUGGCCAUGUCAUCUUCUCUCACUACAAGUACUUCGACGACUGCAUCGACGAGGCCCUGCCGCACGAGGAGGAUUGGUACACCCACCAGCGUAUCUCAUACGUGCGAUGCAAGGGCCUUUGGGUACCAUACCCGUUCCAGAACAACAUCUCCAUGCUGCCCAAGGAGGAGCAGGUGAAGUGCAUGGACGGCAUGAUUGACGCUGCGCUGGAGGUCCGGGUAUCCAACAGCAAGCCAAAGGAUUUCGACGAGUGGAUUGUGCGUAUGAUGGGCGUUGGCAUCGCGGACCUGUUCAUGCGGCCGUACAACUACAAAGUGUGGGCCGUGCCGACUACAAAGAUGCAAUGCCAAUGGCUGGGCGAGCGCGUCGCAGCACCUGAUCUCAAGACUGUGACCAAGAAUGUCAUCCUCCAGAAGACUGCCGGCAACUGGGGCCCGAACGCGACCUUCCGCUUCCCCGCCCGUGGCGGUACCGGUGGCAUUUGGAUAGCAGUCGCCGACACCAUUCCUAAGGAGAAUACGCGGUUCGGCAAGCAGGGUGCUGUCGACAGGGUCGACGCCGAUGCUAAGAAGGUCACCCUCGACGACGGCACGACCAUCAAGUACGAGAAGCUCAUCACAACCAUGGCCGUCGACGCGCUCGUCGAGAAGAUAGGCGACAAGGAGCUGGUGGACCUCAGUAAGGGUCUCUUCUACAGCAGCACCCACGUCAUCGGUGUUGGCGUCCGCGGCGAGCGCCCGGAGCGCAUCGGCGACAAGUGCUGGCUCUACUUUCCCGAGGACGACUGCCCCUUUUAUCGUGCCACCAUCUUCUCCAACUACUCGCCCCACAAUCAGCCCGAGGCAUCGAAGAAGCUUCCCACCAUGCAGCUCGCCGACGGCAGCAAGCCUAAGAACACAUCCGCCCAGGAGGGUCCCUACUGGUCUAUCAUGCUCGAGGUUUCUGAAUCAAGCAUGAAGCCUGUGGACAACAAGAACAUGCUUAGGGACUGUAUCCAAGGUCUCAUCAACACCGAGAUGCUCAAGCCCACCGACGAGAUCGUCUCGACAUACCACCGCCGCUUCGAUCACGGCUACCCGACCCCAUCCCUCGAGCAAGAUCAUUCCUUCAUGCUUGGCGUGGAGGCCGCGGACGCAAUUGUCAACGGAGCGGUCGAGUUGACGCUGAACUAUCCGGAUUUCGUCAAUGGCCGAUCCAACAGCGAAAGGAGACUGGUUGAGGGCGCACAGUUCUUUAAGAAGAGCAUGAAGGGCAUUCGGGACCCGAGCAAGCCCUUCAAGCCGUAA